GCGAGGAGGCACGUCACUUCCUGUUUCUUUAGGGGAACGUGGCUUUUCCCCGCAGUACCUCGCCUUCCAUCUGUGUUCGUGCAGCGGCGGCUGGAGCUGGAGUCGGAACCCAAGCGCAGUCUCGCCAUGGAUUCGGCCCUCAGCGACCAGCACAACGGCAGCACCGAGGCCAGCAGCUCGGCCAACGGCACGACGCGGCCGCCCUCCACGCCCGAGGGCAUCGCGCUGGCCUACGGCAGCCUCCUGCUCAUGGCGCUGCUGCCCAUCUUCUUCGGCGCCCUGCGCUCAGUGCGCUGCGCCCGCGGCAAGAGCUCUUCGGACAUGCCGGAAACCAUCACCAGCCGAGAUGCUGCCCGCUUUCCCAUCAUCGCCAGCUGCACUCUCUUGGGGCUCUACCUCUUUUUCAAAAUCUUCUCCCAGGAGUACAUCAACCUCUUGCUGUCCAUGUAUUUCUUCGUGCUGGGGAUCCUGGCCCUGUCACACACCAUCAGCCCCUUCAUGAAUAAGUUUUUUCCAGCCAGCUUCCCAAAUCGCCAGUAUCAGCUGCUCUUCACACAGGGCUCUGGGGAAAACAAGGAAGAGAUCAUCAACUAUGAGUUUGACACCAAGGACCUGGUGUGCCUGGGCCUAAGCAGCGUUGUUGGUGUCUGGUACCUGCUGAGGAAGCACUGGAUUGCCAACAACCUCUUUGGCCUGGCCUUCUCCCUUAAUGGGGUGGAGCUCCUGCACCUGAACAACGUGAGCACUGGCUGUAUCCUGCUUGGUGGACUCUUCAUCUAUGACAUCUUCUGGGUUUUCGGCACCAACGUGAUGGUGACUGUGGCCAAGUCCUUUGAGGCACCAAUCAAAUUGGUGUUCCCCCAGGAUCUGCUGGAGAAGGGCCUUGAAGCGGACAACUUUGCCAUGCUGGGACUUGGAGAUAUCGUCAUUCCAGGGAUCUUCAUUGCUUUGCUGCUCCGUUUUGACAUCAGCUUGAAGAAGAACACCCAUACCUACUUCUACACCAGCUUCGCCGCCUACAUCUUCGGCCUGGGCCUCACCAUCUUCAUCAUGCACAUCUUCAAGCAUGCCCAGCCGGCUCUCCUGUACCUGGUCCCUGCCUGCAUCGGCUUUCCUGUCCUGGUGGCACUCUUCAAGGGAGAAGUGGCAGAGAUGUUCAGCUACGAGUCCUCGGCCGUAAUCCUGCCUCAUACGCCGAGGCUCACUCACUUCCCCACAGUCUCGGGCUCCCCUGCCAGCCUGGCCGACUCCAUGCAGCAGAAGCUAGCUGGCCCUCGUCGCCGGCGCCCGCAGAAUCCCAGCGCCAUUUAUGAGGAGUCAAACCCUAAAGAUGCAGCAACUGGGACUGAAUCCAAAGAGGAGACAACAGAGGCAUCAGCAUCCAAGAAGCUAGAGAAGAAGGAGAAAUGAGGCCGCUCUGCCUGACCCUUGAGGGCCAGAUCAGACAGGCGGGGGACGACCUGUAGGCGACACAGACAGAGGACUCGUGCAGGAGGCGAAGGUGGCUCCAGGCUGGGGAGCGGACCUCUGCUGCCUGUUUCCCUCUCCCCUUUCUCUGGCUUCCUCUGCUGCUCCUCACCCCCUGCAGGCAAAGGAAACCCUCUGCUGCUUCUUUCCCCAGGAGCCAGGUGGGAACCCCGUGUGGUUUUUAGAUUUUUGUAUUGUGGACUGACUUUGCCUCACAUUAAAAACUCAUCCCAUGGC